CAGACGCACCGAGGCGGCGGGGAAUUAAAAGGGAAUACGCACUGAUGAAGAAGCGACAACAAAGGGGGAGGACGGAAUUAAAAAAAGGAAAAAAAGCAUUUAUUGCCUCUCCUUUCUCUUCUCACUUCUUGUUUGGAGCAUCCCACAAGCAGAGCACCAGUGAAAACACAUACAUAUGAUAUAUAUAUAAAACUCCUAUACAUAUAUAUCAAAUUAUGCCUGUUUUCAAAGAAGCUGCAGCCGGACAAGGACUGAAUUGACAGCAAAAAUCCAAAAUUGGGAGAUGAUAUGCAGCCCAAAACUGUUGCAUCUUGAGAUUUUUUUGUCAUUUUUUUUGCUGAUUGGGGAAAAAAAAGACAAAAAAAAACCAAAGCAAAAAAAAAAUACCUUGUUGCAAAUGCGAAAAUUUGGAAAACUGAGUUGUUGAGAGCUUCUGCUGCAGACAGUCCUAUAUCUCCAAAGGGGGCUUCUUUUGAAAACAGGAUAUAUUUUUUCUUUUGUUGUUGUGCUGUCGUAUCUCCACUUUGUCUCUGUCGUCCGUAUGGGCAGGGGGAGCGUUGUUCCAGCGAGGCUCGUGCGAACGCGCCACUGAGGGUGCAGAGGGCAGUCCACAGGCUCCCUGACCUCACGCUGAUAUUUUCCUCAACGAUCGACCCAAAAAACAAAAAAUAAUAAUAAUAAAGCGGCCCCAGCUUGGGCUGAGAGGGGAAAAGGGUGAGGUAAGUUGUGGGGGGGAGCGAAAAAAGCAAACAAAGACAGGAUAAUGGGGAGAUCAGGAUCAGAGUGUCAACAAAGAGACACCAUCUAAAAACUGGGGAAGGAAGAAACCAAACCCGCGCAAAGAAAUAAGCUGAGAUCCUCCACUCUGGUCAAGUCAUUCCAGCAUCUGCUUUCUCAAAGCUUCUCUUGAGUCUCGGUGUGCAGCCAACGCCGAGACGUUAAGAUCAGGGAUAUCACAACAUCAGCCCUCCCCUCUCCCUUUCUCCUCCUCUCUCCUCUCCCCUCAGCUCUUAGCACUUGUAGGGCAGGACUGAGCGGGGCUGACAGACAAGAGAGCGCCCAGCUGGUGUCCCGGGUCUGUUACAAGACCCCGAGAUCCGCAGUAAAAGGAGGGGUGUCAGCGGCGGCAGCAACAGGAGCCCCCGCACGCGCCGAGGAAAACAAAAAAAGCCAUUGGACUGCUUGUGUGUCGCUCUUAAAAAGCUACAGAGUGACACUGACUCUGACUGAGCUCUGUCACUGGGGGGGGGGUGGGGGGAUUUGAGUUGUGUGUGUGAAUGAGUGUGUGAGAGAAAGAGAGAGAUUGAGUGUGUGUGCGUGUGUUUGUGUGUGUGUGAGAGAGAGUGUGUGUGCGUGUGUGUGUGUGUGUGUGUGUGUGAGCCUCAGGUGCAAGAGGGAUGCUUCCGGACUGUAAUCAUCACGGGAUUUCAGCUUUUUGCAACAGCCCGGAGUGAUGCUUGAAAGACUUUUCGAGCAGCUGUGGUGACCUGUUGGGUCUUUGACACUGGAAGGAGAUAUCUGAUACCAAUCUCUACAAAGUAAAAGCUCCACACUCAACAUCACCAGAGGCUGAAAGACUGGAGCUACACGUCUCCCCGAAGUGGACCACGGUGGCAUCGAAAAGAUGCCCACCGCUAAAAUAAAAAAGCUUCUCCUGAGCGGUGACUCUGAGAGUAGGAGGAUGAUUGAUGCAAGUUAAACUCUGAGAGGGGGAGAAGUGGAGGAGACAGACAAACUCCGGUGGAAAAACACUUCACUUCAGGAGUUUUUUUUCCAGGACAUCAGAAUUGACUUGACUCCGGUGUAGAGUUGUUAUCCACUCAGGAAUAUGAGUCCGUCUCCGGAGUGAAAAGCCUUUCAUGUGAGGAGCCCGUGACUAUCUGUGAAUUUCGGAGGAAUCUGCCCUUCUUCUUUUUUCUCAGCGGCGCCCCGGAACCUCAGAGUUCUCACUUUUCACAGAUUAUUCAUCCACUCAGCGGGGGGAGCGCAUUGCUGGAAAUGCCAGAGGCGAGUUCAUUCGUACGUAACACGCCCUCUUAAACUGGACUCCCUCCAAGCUUUGGAUUUGUCUACAACCGCCUCUGCUGUCUGCUGACGACAUAUGGCUUUGUGAAAGGAGCAUUAGUUUGGGCCUGUCACUGACAAAUACACAUCAGCACUGAGCCAUCGCAAGACAUUGGAAUAAGUGCAAGAUGGCCGCCUCCAUUCAUCCGCUCUUGGUGAGCUGCUCGCUGGCUGUUCUCCUGGGUUUGACCUCUCUGGGCGGACUGAACUCUUGGCGAUCGGGUCAAGCUUUGGCCCAAGUUUCCAACCAGACAGCGGAACCCACUGUGGUGCCGGAGGCCGCGCUGGCAACGCCGACGCCAGAAGGGGAGGACAAAGUGAUUCCAAUUGCCGGCAACCGUUGCUGGGGUUACUAUGAUGUCAUGGGCCAGUGGGACCCGCCCUUUAACUGUAACGCUGGCAUCUACCUGUUCUGUUGUGGUUCCUGCUUCUACCGCUUCUGCUGCCAGUUCAAAGUCCACAGUUUGGACCAGACUUCCUGUUCCAACUACGACACACCCGUGUGGGCAAACACAGGGAAGCCGGCGGCGCCCGUCACGGAGGUCCACCAGGAACCAGACCGGGAUCGGACCCACAUGAUCGUGUAUAUUAUCUGUGGAGUGGUGGCCAUCAUGGUGUUGGUCGGGAUUUUCACCAAGCUGGGGCUGGAGAAGAGUCAAGGAGGACAGACUGACAUGACCAACUCCAGGACUCUCACAGAGCUUCUGAAGCAGCCUGGGGAGGCUGGAGUGGUGGAUGGACCUGGGGUUCAUCAUCCUAUCGGGACCAACGGCAUCUCGGCCAGAGCACUCCGCUCCAACAAUGGUCAGUCCUUCAUGAAUCAUAACCAUCUGAACAACGCAGCCCUGUCUCCCCUGGGUCCAGCCAUGGCCCUGUCUCAUCCCCACAACAACCUGGGAAUUGGCUUCAACAAGUACACCUCGCUCAAGGCCGUGGACACGACUGCGAGAGACUACUACAAGAGCUACCCAAUGGUAGACUACACCCACCGCCAGUCCCCUCCCACUUUCCAGCCAAUCAACUUCCACCCUAAGGACAAGCCCUUCCUUCCGCCGCCCGACGUCCACGCGCCGCUCGCCAUCACCAUCAACGCCUCCCAGAUCCCCAAGCCGAAGAUCUCCAAGACCAACACCCACCCGCUCACCUCAAGCUCGGCGUUUAAAGCAUGGGACCCCAGCAAGAGCCACAUCCAGCACCCGGUGGCCUCCCACAUGACCCUCCAGGGGCAGCAGCACCACCCUAUCCAGCAGCAGCCACAGCACCACACGCUGCACCAGCAGAACAGCCGGCGCCAGGCCUACUCCAACAAGAGGCAGUUCAGCAUCGAGACACUUCCCGAGCUCUUCUCGCAGCCGCUGGGCUACGGCCACUCGCCGCACAUGCACCCCAAGCACAAGGGACUGCCCACCAACAGCAAGACUGAGGUCACUGUCUGAACAUGGGGAUGAACGGGCGAACAGACAGAAGAGGAAGUGGAAAAAGAAAUGCUCAGAUAUCUUUUAUAUAUCCACAGCCGUAACGGCGAGAAGGGAGCGAGCGAAUAUCGUGUAUAAUCUGAAUUUUUUUUUUUUAACUCUGCAUUUUCCUCAUCGUUGUUGACAACAAUAAUAAUAAUAAUGUGAGUGGUGUUUGUCUACUUUUUGAGACCACCGGAUCAAAAACAACAGCAGCAGCAGAUAAGCUGGGAAGGUGGCGGAUUGGCAGGUGUUGGCUGUGACUCUUUGAACCCGGCGGCUCUUCUGAAUAAUUGAGUGGCCUCUCAGCGUGUUGGCACACCUCUCUGCUUCUCCUCUUCCCUGUCUGCCCGUCUCACCUCUCUGACACUCUGCACCGGCUCUGUAGCACCACUCCACCAUGCACAAAUGUUCAAAUCCCACACACAGACAACUUUUUUGCCCCACAAACCAGCUCCGUCCCCCGGGGCCCCCUUGCUUUUUCAGAGUCCCGUCAGAGAGGCUGGUGAAGGGAAGUGUUUCCCCCUAAGACUUCGGCUCCCCAUCAGCAGAGACAAUGCCAUUGUGUUGUCAGCUCUCGUUGCCCUCCAGCCCCUCCGGAGAGUGAGAUAUCAGCCUGGCAAUUCAUACCAGAGAGGAGGGCAGGGGCGGGAGGAGGAGGGGGUUGGUUAUUCAUCUCAUUCCAGGGGCAAAUGAGAUGAGAAGGAUCUGAACCAUGCACACACACACACACACACACACACACACACACACACACACACUACACAGUUGUCAAAAACUACAGAAGGUUCCCAGCAGUGUCAGGGACCACAGGCACCCCCCACUGACACACUAGCAGAUGCAGACUCCACUCUCUGCGCACUGAUCCUCAGAAACUGGGGAAGUGAAUGCGCGAGCUCUCUUGUUGGUAUUUGUAACGGUUUGUUGAGCUGCUCGUUCCAGUCACCGUCUCUCGUGUCGCUGUGGAUGUUUACCUCUAAAGGAAAGCCCAGGACGGGUCCCCUCGAAAGGGAGCAAAGGUGUCCACGCGUUCAGAAAGGUCAUCACAAAGUCACUGCAUUCUUGCUUCCUCUCUGGCUUUGACAGAUGGGACUGGGUUUGUGUCAGAGAAAUGUCAGCCAGUGCCGCAUGUUGUUACGGGCAUCGGGUUGUCUAAGGAAGUGAAAUGAAUAUAUGAAUACAUACACCAAUAUCCACUUUGCUGCAUUAAGGCGACAGCUCCAUAAGUUUGCAGUCAUUAUGUCAUAAUCAAACACUAAUUAUUAACAUCACGGCGAGUUUUUACAAUGUAGGAAGGAAAAUGCGUUGAUUCAUUACAGGAACACCUUCUCCCAGCAUGGCUUUACCUCAGCACAGCUGUUUGAUGCAUGUGUUUGCUGCCGCUAUGCUAACGUAAUCUCUGAGGCCGAAGCCACCUGCCAGCGCUGUGCAAUUUACUCCACUCCCAGUAAAUGAAGUAGCUACUUUAACCUGCACAAAUGAAUGACUGCUGGCUCCUGAGCUGCCGUGUCUUUUAUGCUUCGAAUGCUUUCACACACGUUCAACACACAUGGUUUCUUUGGCAUGAAAAUGGUCAAAUGUACAGUAAGUUGUCUCAGUAGUGCUCCAUCAAUUUGACAAAUGGGGGGGUUGGUAUCAGUUUACAACCAAAGUGUUUGUGUGGUUGUAAACUGAUACCACACAAAAAUAUAGUUAUGGACAUUAGCCAACAAGUUAGCCCAGAUUUUUAUAUCGGCUGUGCAGCCAGUCGUGAUGAUGAGCAAGUUUAUGUGUUUACUUUCCCACCUGUGUUCGAAAUUAUUCAAGGAAACGUCCCAUUUACUUGGAAAGCUGACAUUGGCUCACACAGCUUGCCUGAUAUACGUUGAUUUGCGCAACUUCUUGUGUUCUCCAAAACUCUACAACCAAGAUUGGUUGGUGAGUGCAAAGUAAGCCUGACCCAUGGAGCUACAAUAGCUGAAUUUAUGGGAAAUUCACCAGGUUGACAUACACAAGAAUUCCUCUUUAAAGGAGCAAUUUGUAAGAUAUGGCCAGAAGUUUUAAUUCUUUUUUCAUCUCUACAUUCCAGAGAAUGCAACAAUGUUGAUAUGGUUUCAAAGACGUCUAUGUGAUGUGCUGCUGAGAUGUCUACUUAUAAGCAUGCUAACUAGCUAGCCACAGCCUAUCCUGUCCCACAGUACCACUUUGUAUUGCAGGAGGUAAUGUGUAGUUUCGGCAAGGGGUUUUAUAUGUUCCAGAAGCUCUGUUAGCUUUUCGUGUAUUACAUAAAAAGAUAUACACACAAAUGUCAGGACAGGAAAUUCUCUUGCAUCUGUUUUCCUUGCCAAACAGAAACUGAAUCCAAGCUUCUCUCUUUUAUUGAACUAAGAUGAGGCCUCGUUAGCUCAUUGCAAAACACACUUUAUUCCAAACUAAACACACCCACACAAUCUUUUUUGUCUUUCCUUAAUCAUCCCUGGGUUGGUCUAAAUAAAUCCUCAAUUCACAGAGUCCCUCCCCACCUGUUAUGUCUUCCCUUCCCUGAUGUCAUAGUCCUAUUAAGAGUCACUGUAAAUCGCCUCUGUACUGUGUCCGUUGUCAUCACACUGACCUCCUAUUCUCUUGGAUGUUCAGUCCCAGUUCAUUGUCCAGUUGUGCUCACUUUCAGGCUGCUAAACCCGGUUGAGCUGAGCACCAGUUGAGACUCCACGUCUUACUGAGCCCUGAGCUAAUUAGCUUAUUAAUGGUAGCUAAGUAGGAUGGUUAGCAAAGAGCAGCAGGCGACGAUUUCUCUGGUCAAAUGCUGCCCCCCUCUGGCUUUGUUUUACAAAAUACACUUUUAAAUGAGGCAGCUUGGCUGAGUGACAAAGUAAUGUAACUUCUACUGAUGAGUAAUAUGGUGCAUUUUACAAGUAGCUCCUCCAAUGCUGGUUACUGAUGGAGCCAACACAUUCUCCUCCUCCACACCACAUAUUCUCACCUUCUCCGCUGUAGAACAGCAAGUGUGACUCACUGAUUGAAUUCACCUUCAUUUGUUAUCAUGAGGACACCAGCUCUGCCGCAGUGCAUAUGCCUGGCACAUGCUACGGCGCAUCAGACAGGUGGUGGAGCCUAAUCAAACAGCAGUGCUUACCAGAGUCACACGCUAUUUAGCACUUUCUCUCCCUCCUCAGCUCUCCCUCUCUUUUCGUGCUCCCUGGCAGACUUUCCUCCACCCACCCGACAUUCCUCUGCGCAUCCAUGUCCACGGAGGGCUGAGCGAUGGGUCCCAAGCACUCUUCUGGUUGUUCGGCACCCAGUGCACCACGCUGUUGUUUAGCAUGAUAUUCUCACCGGGUCGUCUUUGCAUGUGUUUGUGUUUUUGUGUGUGUGUGUGUGUGUGUGUGUGAGAACUAUGAUUAAUGAAAGAGUCCGUCACAGCGUGGCAGACUUCACCCCCUGAUACGCCGUCUCGCUCACACACAUGCGAGCAGAUUUCGAUCGCACACAAACUACCACAUGCUGAGGCAUGAUCAGACAGAUGCUUUGCAAUAUAUUAUUUACAUCUGGAGAUUCCACUACCACCUUAAAAAUGAACCAAGUGGAUUUUGCGUAAAAGCUUUUUUUUUUUUUUUUCUAAUUUUUGAAUCCAUUCAAUUUUCUCCCAAGCUGAAAUGUCACUCAGCCAAAUUCCCCCAAUUUGCAUCUCAAUUUUAUGGAGCUGUGAGUGCACACAGGAGAACAAAAUGGGCAACAGAGUAAAACUUUAAUGAGAGAGAAUAAAUUAGCAAUAUUAUGCUUGUUUGUAAUGCUGCAGUGGCUUCUCUGCUUUACCUCUCCAAGAUGUGAAAAACCUGUAAGGCAAGCUGUUGGAGCGGCGCUCGGAGCCGCUGGCAUGCUUUUGUAAUAAGGGAUCAGCCGAGAAUGGGGAUCAUGAAUACAAAAGCAUCAAUGGGAUAUGCAUGGUGUGAAUAUGCAUCAAACACAUCUGCGCUUAUGCUCUUGCCAGCUCUGCACAGUAUGUAAUGUACCAUGUUACAGCAGGUUUCUUCUUCCCUCUCUCUUUGACUUUUAUUCCCACGAGGGGCCACGCUUUAAGUGGGUCACUUCAUACAAAAAAAGUUUUCUGGCCUCUAAAAGCCCUACCAAAAUAUUCUGUGGGGUCUGUCCUUAAUCACUCGGAAUGCAUUAGAGGUUGAGAACAAACGAGGAAUGACAGCAAGUAAACAAGCAAUAUGCGUCAGUAAAGCAAUAAGCGCCCAACCGCCCUCACCCCAUCCUUAUCUCUCCAUGUGUCUCACUAUGUGGAGCCCUGCUCCGAGUUUAGGGGUGGGUGCUAAUGAGGGCGCGGGUGUUAAAACCAAAGGGAGAGCCGAGCAAAAGAGUUGGCUCAGCAGAGGGCUUGGGAGUGAGAUGAAGGAGAUGAGACGGUAAAGAGAAAUUGGGUUGCGUGGACACAGCUGAUACGGCCGCGGUUGUUUUUCAUUCAGAUUUGUCUGGGUCGUCUAAAGACAUUAAUUCUGGGUUUUAUCUCUCUGAUGUGCUCAAACGACCAGCUUUCAAAAGCGCUGCACGACUGUAGAUGAAAGGGGGGAGUCGCUCUUUGCUCUGAAUCGCACACUUUCAACAGUGUUGUUGUUGCAGUCGGGUCUUGUGAAGGAGCAGGACCCAUUCACACAAACAGCGCCGGAGGUUUAACACAACACUGGCUGCAGGAUUGACAGUCCGUACUACGGUACAGGACGAACAGAGCCUAAGGACAGGCUACCAGCAAGCUCACAGAGACUGAGAACUUCUUCAAAACUCUCCUCAAGUUUUAUCGGCUAGCACGGCUAACAGUGGUCUGCUGACGGUUUGAACGAGCUCUGUGAGGAGCUGAUUCUCAAAUAUCAGAGAGCCGCGUCAGUGGUGCCACAGUCACAAGACACAAUCAUGCAGACGUGUUGGUAAACACUUGUCAGAGUUAAUUUCCCUGUGGUUGGAAUGCAGGAUUUUUUUUUUUUUUCAUCAAUGCUGGAUGGACUUCUACGACUCCCUCCAGGCAGAGGACUGCCUGCGAAAAAAAAACAGUUGGUGAAGCUGAAUAAAUUAAGACUGAAAAGCCUCCGACGAGCCACAGUUUUGCGUCUGCCGUGGACGAUGUACAUACUUGAACACAUGCACAAACAUGCGCACACACACGAAAACAAGACACAGGAGCCACAGAGGUGUAACACUAAUUAUAUCUUCCAUACAAUGUCCACAAUUUGUGGUACGAAACAGGACCAAAAGCCUUGAAUCAGGAGAAACUGAGUACACCUAACUGAUGCCUGAACCAUCCAAAACAGUGAUAAUGCUGAGACUGUUUUGGAUCAUCAGCUUAGAGUGCGUUUUACUCAAUCUCUCCUGAUUGCUGACAGACUACGGCGUCACUCGCUCGCGUCAGAGCUAACUGACUGUUGUUUGUAAAACUUCCUCUCUAUAAAAAGAAACAAUGCAAGUAUUCUACCGCAGGUUAUCUGAAUGCAACCUGGUAGACAUACUUGGGCUCCAUGAUCCCUAGCAAUAUAUAGAUUAUGGUGUGUGGUUACAAUUGUUUCUUUGUUUUUCUGUCGAGUUUGUUUUUUGUACUGUGUUUUUUCAAUGAUUAAGCUCCUGCUGUCAAAAAAACAGAAAAAGAAAAAAAAAGACAAGAGGAAAAAAAAAAAGUUCAUUUGACUGAUGGAAAAGUGCUUCCAGAUUUUAGACUCAUGGCUGCGCACCCUUCCUCCCCUCACCUCCCCCCCCUCCCCUCCCCCACCCGCUCACCCCUCCCUUACCACCAGAGGAUGUCAAAUGUUCGAUUUGCUUGUGAUCUCUUUGAGUUACAUCGUAUGGUAUACAUGCACUCAUGUACUUAAUGUUUAAAAGAUAUUGCAUUGUAUCCAAGUGCUUUGCCAACACAUUAGCUGAAAGACGAAAAGGGAAGAUUCGGUGACUUCCUGUACAGCUUUUGCAUCUGCAAAAAAAAAAAAAAGAAAAGAAAAAGAAAAAAAAAAGUCAUGCGUUGUUUCAUGAUAAUUUGUAUUAGGCAGCAAUAGGCUGCCUUGGAUUGCUAUGUACUACUUGUGUAUAUAUGUAUGCUGUACCACUUGUCUGCUGUGAAAUUUGUUGACUACUCAGCUUAUAUAAGGGCUUUUUAUAGAUAUAAAAGCAGACCGGGCAAUCUGACGUCGCUCUCUGUAACUCAAGUCAAAAUUUCUCUAGAGGUUUUUUUUUAGGGAUGAAGGGAUGUGAACCGAAUUUUCAUGCAUACAAAAUGCUAUAUAGAUAAAGUUUUGACUGACUAACUGACUGAAAUGUCUAUAGGCACUCAUACGACGUUGGCCCAUGUGUCCUGUUUGAAUAAAUCUUUCAAGAAACGUA